CAAAAUGGCGGAAAUUUCACUCGAGUCAAGUGACGCUGCGUUGCUCGACUCGACCACUGCAACGGAUGCCGAUGCUGACGCUGCUGCAGUGCCAGUGCUGAACAACAACAACGACGGUGAUGAUGAUGAUGAUGCAGUUGAGUCAGCGACCGAAGUCAGCGAGAGUGUGAGCAGCGACGUGGAGACGCGGGAAGCAGAGCCGACGAUUCAGAGUGACGGCGACGACGUGGUGGAGACGCAGGAAGCUAAACCAGCCUCAGCAGCAGCAGCUGAUGAAGCAUCAGAUGAGCCGCAGUCUGAGAACAACGAUCGCCCCGACGACGUCGACACGGACACGGACGAGGCAGAUGCAGACUGGAUUACCGUCAAACCGCCGCCAGCCGAGGAAGUUGCGUCCCAGUCCGACAAGCCAUCCGACGAUGAUGAGCAUGACGAAAAAGAUCAAGAAGAUCAGGAAGAACAAGAUCAAGCAGGCCGUCCAGGAGAAGCCCAGGCUGCAGUCACCGUCCCAGAACCAACCGCCACUGUGGCUCCAGCUGCUCAGGCAGGACCAGCAAAACUCGUGGAAGUCGCUCGGCCGACCAUCUCCGAGUUCAAGUACAGGCAGGUCGACCUCGACGCUGCAGUCUCGACGGCGGUGCUGGCUGCAGUUGCCACUGCCCAGGCUGCAGGUGCGCUUGCUCAGGAUGAAAUUGCGCGACUCUCGGCCAAGGUCUCAGAGCUGACCAAGGAGAAUGCUCGGCUCGCUUUUGCAGCCACGCACGAGAAGAACGAGCGCACUGCGCACGCAAACACGAUUGCUGUGCUUCAAGAGCAGACAAACGCGCUCAGCCGCACGCUCACCGAGCACCGGGAUGCAGGUGCUCAGAUGGAGCUGAAACUCUCAUCGCUGGAAGUGGACCUGCACCAUUCCGAGCGGAUGGUGGAGUCGCUGCAAACGCGCGUGUCCGAAUUGGAAGGCGAGCUCCAGGACGCCCGUCAGUCGGAAAUGCUCAUGGCCGACCGUGCAGCCAACACGAGCAGUGUUCCAUUCCUCUCGUUCUCUUCGACGUCCAUGUUGCCCGCUGGCUCCACCACCAAGGCCCAAACUACUGGUAUGGCGUCCUCGACGUCCUAUGGAUCGUCCGUGUACUCGUCCACGUCGCUGCUCUUGGACUCGACAGCCACCUCGUACUCGGAUCUCCUUGCCUCUCUGCGACCGGAAUCCAGCUCGGGAGCUUCGCCGUACGACACCAUGAUGUCGGAAGUGGACUAUCGCGCUGAUCUCCGCCUCCUUGAGGAACGCGCCAGCAUGGCCGAAGAACGCCUGGCCCAUGCCACCGAGCAAGUCCGCCUCUUGGAGACGCGCAACAAAGAGCUCACGAAUCGCGUGCUCGCGGCUGGAUCGGAGCAACAGCAGACCAUCAAGGCCGAAACCCAUUACACCAUGCUUCGCCUGGCCGAGGAGCGCGCCCUGGCAGCAGACUCCCGUGCUUUCGCCAUGGAAAAGCAGUGUGCAGAGGCUCGCCGCGAGGUGGACGCCCUUCACGAUGCUCGCGCGGCCGAGCGCAACGAAUUUUCGAACGAGCUCGACCGAGCUCGCGUGGAAAUUGCCCGUCUGUUGCACACCAUCACUGUCAGUCAAGCAAAGGAAGCCAAGGCGGUCUCGGCGGUCGCCACGGCCACGUUGCAAGUGCAGACGGCCUCUGCCGAGGCAGCAGCGGCCAAGGACGCCGCACAGCGUGCCAAGCAAGACGAAUCCGAGAUGGCUGCAAAGAUUGCCCGCGAGCGCGAGCUUUUGGAGAUUGCGCACGCCCAACUCGAGCAGCAGCGCCAUCAUGUGGAGGCUGCCAAAUUGGCCGCGGCUGCGCCUCCGCCCCGUCCCACUCCCAAGCCCAAGCCGGUCUUGGCCACCAAGCCGCAGAAAGCCGCCGAGGACACUGAAGCCAAAGUUGUUGCCGCCGUCCGCGCUGCCACGUCGGAAUUGAACCAACUCACCGCCGUCACCUCCCAGCAGCGACCAACCCCACCUGCCACAAAGCCGACCACCACCAAGCCAAUCACAAAAUCCAAGCCGUGGCCGCCGCCCGUGGCUACAACAUCCGAUGGCCCUGACCAGCAAGUGGAUUCUAUCGCUCAGCCUGAUGAAGCUCAUGCAAAGACUGUCGCGGACGCUCGCGAGCCAUUACCCUCAGAGCCUGCGCAUGCACAGGAGGAGAAGAAGGCAGAUUUGGUGGUGCCUAUUUCCCCAGCUGCGACGCAAGAACAUGCGUUGGCUGCUGCCCCCGCUUUGACUGUCGAACCGACUGGAGCAGUAUCCGAGCCGAGCGUACCCGUGCAAGCGGCUGCUCCGGGUUCCAACGAGCCUGAAACGAUCAGCUCGCCAAAGCUCGUUGCUGAUUCGACUCUCGACGUAGCAGGCGCCACCGAGUCUGAGUCUUCGGAUGGUCCUUCCGAUCCAGUCGCAGCCGAUGCCGUUGCAGCCGGUACCGUUGAGGCUGCACCAGUUGCUGCUGAUCCAGUUGCUGCUGUUUCCGUUGCGGCUGAUUCCGAGCCGCAAGUGCACGAGUCCGCUGCUACAAAGCUCAAUGAACCCAUCUUGAACGAUGUCGAGCAAGCAAAUGUUCGCUUGCCAGAACUGGACAUCCCUCUCCCUUCCUCUAGUGACGCAAGUGCAACUUUAUUGGACGAUUCAGUGGCUCCUCCUCCGCCAGAGCCAACCGCGCCAAGCAGCCAGCUUGCAUCCAAAGAAUCCGCCACGAAGGCCGACGAUGACUGGUCCAGCGACGACGACGAACCCUCUGGAACACCCGCCGCAAUUCCAACAAGCAGCCCAGCCGUGCCAACCGCAAGCGCCACGAAAUCGCCCGUCAAGCCGCCUGCCCCGAAGCCCAAGCCAAAGCCAGCGGCCUCCAAAAUCCCUGCACCUGCGCCUGUUGCGGCCGUCGCUCCUGCACCUGUGCCAACUGCUCCGAAGACGUUUGCUGGAGGUUUCCUCUUUGACACUGGCGCUGUGGAUGAAGACGACGCCAUUCUGUUUGCGCCGCGCGCCACGUCCGAGCCAGCACCCAGAGCUCGCACAGCGUCUGUCGCCAGCUCCACACUUCCCACUGCCUCAAUGGGCGACUUUGGAACUUCGGAUGCGAGUUUGGAGACGGAGCUGUCGGAAAAGGAUCGUCCGUUUGUGGACAUGAUGAAGACGCGUGCGCGGCCACCCAGUACCCGUCGCCUGCCCUCUCGCCCGCAGUCGACCAUUCUCAAUCCGACCUUUGACUAAGGGAGGGAGGGGGGUUGAAGCGAGGUGGAAGGUCGCGGCAUACUUUGGAUUUGCACCGAAUUCGUGCAUGUUGAUGUUUGUUGUGGUUGUUGUGGUUGUUGUCAGUGCUGACGAUCCGCUUUGUUUCUUUUCCUUCUUACGUGCAUGGGGGCUUUUUUGCAGCAACAGGUUGCUCUCCGUUUUGUCAAUGCAUCUCUUCUCGUACUCUUUUUGUCAAUUGCAUUUCAAUGUUCACUGAAAGUGUUUUAUUGCG